GCAUGCGCACCAUCAUGGCCGACGCAGGCUGGUUAGAGUCUGUAAAGCGUUUGAAAGGUGUUAUUUUGGACCUUUGCGGUGUUUUAUAUGACAGCGGGGAGGGUGACGGAGUGGCUAUUGCUGGCUCUGUGGACGCAGUGAAAAAGCUCAAAUCAUCUGACCUGAAGCUGCGCUUCUGCACUAAUGAGACUCAGGCCACUAGAGAGAAGUUUGUAGCAAAACUCCAAAGACUGGGCUUUGACAUCUCUGUUUCUGAGGUCUUUUCUCCAGCCCCUGCAGUCAUUGCUGUUCUCAAGGAGAGAGGAUUGCGACCUCAUCUGCUGGUGUAUGAUGGGCUUCUCCCUGAGUUUGACAUAGUUGACCAGACCAACCCAAACUGUGUGGUGAUAGGCGAUGCAGCCGAAAAAUUUUCUUACCAGAACCUGAACGAUGCCUUCAGAGUCCUCAUUGAUUUGGAGAAGCCAGUGCUGUUCUCACUGGGCAAAGGGAGGUACUACAAGGAGACGGAUGGUUUGAAACUGGAUGUAGGAGUUUAUAUGAAGGCUCUGGAGUAUGCUUGUGAUUUGGAGGCUGAAGUAAUCGGAAAGCCGUCACAAUCCUUCUUCCAGGGUGUUCUCAAUGACAUGGGGCUUCAACCACAUGAGGCGCUGAUGAUUGGCGAUGAUCUUGUAAAUGAUGUAGGCGGGGCCCAGCACUGCGGAAUGAAAGGCAUACAAGUCAGGACGGGCAAAUACAGGCCCAGUGAUGAGCGGCACCCUGCAGUGACAGCUGACGGUACCGUGGACAACCUGGCCCAGGCAGUGGACAUGAUCCUGGAUCAUAGACGUCACUGAGACUGAGGCGGAGGACUCGACAUUUCCUCAGUACUGACUCGAGGUGACUGAAUUCAUAAAGUGUUUAAGCACUUUUAAACCAAGUCUGCACUCGGAGCCAAUGUGAAGAGAGCAGUUUGACCCACGUUAGCCUGGUGUAUGUGGAUAUCGGACCUGCACACCGAUGAGAUACGUCACACUAAAGUAGCUAAUGUCUGCUGUUCAAACAGCUGUAAUGUAACAUGUUAAUAAUAUGAGCAAACAUUUAUGUAGUGAAUAUUGGUGCAAAAAAAAUAAACAU